AUGGUCUUAGACCCGAAUUCGACGGAGGAUCCGAUGAAGGAUAUUAUGCGAAUGAUUGAGACCGUUUACAACAAGGCGUGUAAUCAACGAGAGCUCCGAUGCGAUCAACGACCAUUUCAUAUCUUACUGAUGGGUUACGGAUUUCUAGUUGUGUUUCUUCUAGCGAUGUUUGGUAAUUGUAUCAAUUUGCUGAUCUAUAAUUCCGAUCAAAUUCGUUACUAUAUAGCAAUUCGUAUGCUCUGCACACGAUUGUUGAUGAACACGUUGGCGAUGUUAUUUCUACUGCCACAAGCGCUUCGUACGGUUGGCGCAUGGGAAGUGAAUUCCGCCGCCGAUGCCGUCUACUGGGGUUAUUAUCCGUAUCAAGCGUAUUUUGUCAAUGUUUUCGGAUUUUGUGCAAUGUGGUUAACGGUUCUGAUGACUGGUGAGUGCUAUCUGCAUGUGUUCUUUCCGGCUCACUCAAAAUCAUUAUGCACAAAGAGGAAUCUGUCGAAAAGUUAUGUUGUGAUUGGUGUUGCCGGACUCCUCUUAGCGUUGAUUUAUCCGUUGAACCGUUCCGUUUCCGUUGUUGUGGAUUCUUGUGAUCGAGUAAUAAUUCAGAUCAUCUCCAGUGACUCACCAUUGAUGACGUUGAUCGAACGCUUACACACAAUCGCUAAUCUUCUAUUCUCCAUUUUGAUCCCGAUGUCACUUCUCGUAUUCAUGACCAUCUCAGUUGUUUGGAAACUCGUAUUGCGAAAAUCUGAAUUCCCCAAUACCAGUCAUUUUACGUCUGAGAAGAGGUGCGUCACUCGAAUUACGUUGAUCACAACAAGUUUACAGCUACUUGCCGAACUUCCACCAAUUCCCGUAUUCAUCUAUGCAGCAAUUUCCGGACCACAUGUAAUCAACGAGAUUCCGGUAUGCGUAUGGAAUACGGUCGGCAUAUUCCUUGGCUUAUGCAAUAUGAGUCUAUCAUUUUUCGUCUAUGUGAUGCUUUCGCAGAAAUUUCGUCAGAUGGUUUACAGCCGUCUCCACGAAUUAUCUGUACGUUUCCUACCGUGUUGCUCGACUAUCAAUUCUAAAUUGUCCUAUCAAACGGAACCAUACGGACAACGGACUUUUCUCAACGUUCGGAAAGGAAGUGAGUCAGGUUAUUUGACCGAAUCGUAUCUGAUGACGGAACGAUCGCUAUCAGCACACGAAGAUGCAUUUCUGUGA